AUGUGUAUGGUCAUAUUUGCUCCGCUUUUUGCCAUCUUCGCCUUCGCAACAUGCGGUGGCUACUCUGGCCAGCUGCGGGUUAGCGUUGACUGCAUCAACAAGGCGGACAGCAACCUCAGCAUUGGCAUCAACUUUGGUUACCCCUUCAGAUUGCACCAGGUGUCUUUCGAGGCCCCGGUUUGUGAGGGGAGGGCACAGGAGCGCCUGUACCUGGUGGGGGACUUCUCUUCCUCUGCCCAGUUCUUUGUCACCAUCGCCGUGUUUUCCUUCCUCUACUCUCUGUUGGCCACGGUUGUUUACAUCUUCUAUCAGAACAAGUACAGAGAGAACAACAGGGGGCCUCUCAUUGACUUCAUUGUGACCGUGGUGUUCUCCUUCAUGUGGCUGGUCAGCUCCUCAGCUUGGGCUAAAGGUCUCUCGGACGUCAAAGUGGCUACGGAUCCAGAUGAGGUGGUCCUGCUGAUGUCCGCCUGCAAAGUCCAGGGCAACAAGUGCGGCUCUAUUUACGGACCCAUCUGGUCUGGUCUCAACACAUCUGUGGUCUUUGGGUACCUGAACUUUGUGCUGUGGGCGGGCAACAUCUGGUUCGUCUUCAAAGAGACGGGCUGGCACAAGGGUGGCCCGCACGGGUACCCAGGGGGUGGCUUGGAAAAACAGCCCACUGGCUUCAACCAGCCGGCCUACAACCAGCCACCCUACAACCAGCCUCCCUACAACCAACCGCCCUACAACCAGCCUCCAUACAGCCCAGCGGGCUUCAACCGACCACUCAGCUACCACCAACCAGCCGGCUUCAGCAGCCAAGGUGACCUGGGCCAGUCGUUAGACUACAGCCAGGUGGGAGGGCCCACCUCAUACUCCAACCAGAUGUGA